ACAUAAAUUAGCAUAUAUAACAUAGCGCUAAGCACUUUAAAAACUCAGAUAAAAAAAUACAAGUCAGGAAGUCAGGAACUCUUGAUGAUCAGUCAGACUGAUCCUGGCAACUCAUAAAAAUUCUCUUUUCGACGACAAUGGCAGAUGCUAAGCAAGACGUCAAUAAUGGGCCGCCUCACUCGUCCCGAGUGGUUCUUGCCAAACCUAGACUGGGAGGGUUUGGCUCUUCAGGAUUUGGAGCAUCUAGUUCAAACAAAAGCAGUAAUGCAUUCGGGUCAGUACUACGGCCUCCACAGCUAAAGCCUACUAGCAAUCCAUUCCUAAAAGUGACUGAAGAAAAAGUAGAAGAGAAAAAGAAUGAAGAAGAAAAAAAUACUGAUGAUGUAGAAGAAAAAGUAAAGGAGGAUGCUGCUGAGGCUCCCAAGUUUAUGCCACUAGGUUCUUCAAAUGCAACCCCGAGAAGUGCAAACCCUGUGCCAGCCCCUGCUCAAGCCGCUACGUCUUCCACUGGGUUUGUGUUUGGACAGAACCUGAGCGAGCGAGUGGUGAUGAAGGAGAAUGUGAACAAUGGCGAUGCCGAUGCGGAGCACAGCUCAAGUAACGGCACUUCUGAACUAUUGUUCACAAGUGCUGCUGCAAGCUCUGUCAAGGAAAAUAAUCAGGAGGAGAGUUCUAGCGAGGGCGGCGGCGAGGGGCUGGCGGCGGCGGCGGCGGAGUACGAGCGCUCGCACGCGCGCCCGCCGCCCGCCACCAGCAACUGCACCAUGACCGGGGAGGAGGGCGAGACCAAUGUGUUACAGAUAUCGUGCCGCCUCUUCGCGUGGGAGUCGGGCAGCUGGCGCGAGCGCGGGCGCGGCGUGCUGCGGCUGAACGACGCGGCGGGCGGCGACGGCGCGCGGCUGGUGGCCCGCGUGGCCGGCUCGCUGCGCGUGGUGUUGAACACCAAGCUGUGGCCCGACAUGGUGGUGGAACGGGCGGGGACCAAGUCGCUGAGGAUCACGGCGGCUGAUGCGCAGCAGCAGGUCAAGCUGUAUCUUAUUAUGGGCGCGCCGGCCGACAUAGCGCAACUCAGCCGCGCGCUGUCGCAGCGCGUCGCCGUGAGCAAGAAGCCGGACUGCCGGCAGCACGCCACGUCGCAGGCCGCGGCCGAGCGCCUGGACAGCGACUACCCCGACAAGGCGCCCGCCGACGAAGACGACGUUGACAACGACGUCACCGACGCACCCCAACAGGAGAAAGAAAACGACGAAAAGGAAGACACCAAAUCCCUCAAACGCAAGGAACCCGUCGACGACGAAACCUCACCCAAGAGACAGUGCCCCAAAAUACUAGUCGAGUGAUAAUAACCAAGUGUACAAUGUGUUUCAGUGAAUCAAAUUUAAGUGUUGAGACAAUCCUAAACUUAGUAUCCACGCUGAAAGCUAGCCACACGAAAUCUUGUGUAUGCAAUUGUAACAAAGAUGUAAUUUGUAGGUGUAAUUUAUAAUUAAUGUUAAUAAUAGCAUAAUACAUUGUUGGUUCUGACGAAAUUAUUUGUCUGAAAUGGAAUUUCAAAUGAGAAGUUAGUAUGUCAGUACAAAACGUGUGAUGUAAAAUAUUGAAUACACAGAGUGAUGCGUUCACAUUCCGUGCCGUGCAUGAGGAGUCGCGAUGAAUGCCUGGGCUCUACCAAAUGGCUUGUUUUCUGAUUGGUCAUUAAUAAAUAUUAUCAUUUUAUAAUUAAACACCUAUUUAAGUUCACAACCACAAAAACCUAUGUAGUACAAAAGUCUGGUUAUUAGUGCUCUAAUAAUUAAUGAAGAGUUUACUAGUGUUUUGAGGCAGUAAUUUUCAUGAAAUAAAACUGAUAAUGGACUAUUAAAAAUGGCCAUAAUUAUGGGUAGUUCCUGAUAAUUUCACUGUUUGACUGACACCUCCUGCUCUGUUAAUGAGGAUUUCUGAUUUAUAAAGCUAGCACAAGGUAUAAAAGGCUAUUUCGAAGCAGUAUACGCUCAGUUGCGAAGAAAUUAGUCACGAUAUUCCUACAGCUUAUUUUGAUAACUUAUUAUGGGUCACUUUUCGACUUUUGAAUGUUUCCGGCCCCAUUUUAACGCUUUGGCCCGAGUGGGUUACUUCAAGAUAGUGAUGAGAGACAUACCUCGCCAUAAGUACAUGUUGCACUCUGCUUACAGGGCUGUCGCAUUUUGUCUUGUAUUACUUUACAACCUCCAACACGUUAUUAAAGUUUAUAAGGUGAGAAUAUAACAAAUCUAUUUCUUAA